CACCCAAUUCAUCCUUACAUUCAAUUCAUCUAAAUUUUGUAAAAAUAAAAAAGAAAGAAGUUCUGCAAGUAUGGCUGAUUACUAUGGACAGCCCCAACAAACUCAGCACCAGCUCAUCCACCCUGGAGGAGGGCAGACGCAACAACAGCCUCGUUCCCACCAGAUGGUGAAGGCAGCUACUGCUGUCACGGCUGGGGGAUCACUGCUUCUUCUUUCCGGCUUGACUUUAGCCGCAACGGUGAUUGCACUCACCGUUGCAACUCCCGUGCUGGUGAUUUUUAGCCCGGUGAUUGUACCUGCUGUUAUUACCGUCUUUUUGUUGUUCUCAGGGUUCUUGGCUUCGGGUGGGUUUGGCGUGGCGGCGGUUAGCGUGUUGUCAUGGAUCUAUCGAUACGUGACAGGAAAACGACCACCUGGUGCAGACCAGUUGGAGCACGCAAGGCACAAGUUGGCUAGCAAGGCUGGGGAGAUGAAAGACAGGGCUCAGGAUUUUGGGCAGCAACACAUCACUGGAACCCAGCAGACUUGAGGACUAGGCUUGGACUUUAAAGUUGUACUUAAAUUCGUUUAUUCAAAUGUGCUGCAUCUUUUGUUUGUAAUCUUUUCAGCUUUAUGUUUGUUAAUUUUUGUGUUGGUAUGUACUGUUGCUAUGAGGCUAGUCUUCAUGACCAAGUCAGUAUUUUUGUAAUAAUCUUCCCUUUUAGAAAAAACGAAAUAAAUGGAUCUGAUGAUGUAUUUUCUUGUAGUCAAUAAACUUUAAAAUGUUUAAUUUGCA